CACUGUUCCUCACUCCCCUCUUCAAUCUUUGCUAACAUUAUCUCUAUUUCUCAAAAGAAAAAAAAUGCAAUUUUUAGGGAAACCCAACAAAAUUCCCAGUUUCCUCAUCCUUCUCUUUGCCUCUUCUCUACUCUUCCCCUUGAUCGAAUCAAGAUCAGAACCCACCACCGAUGCGGAGGAGCCGGUUCCGGCCCCAUGGCCAUUGCAAUUCCACUCAAUCCUCUUCAUUAAUACCUCCAAAGGGGCCCUGCAAAAGGUGGACCUCUGGUAUGACUGGCCAAAUGGCAGGAACUUCAACAUAAUCCAGUACCAGUUGGGGAAGCUGCUCUAUGAUUUGGAAUGGGAUAAUGGGACUUCCUUCGUUUAUACUCUGGAUCAGAACCGGGAGUGCAAGGUCCUACAUUUCUCAGUGGGAAUUCUCAGACCCAAUUGGCUUGAUGGGGCUAACUAUCUUGGCCAGAAAUACAUGGAUGGGUUUCUGUGUAAUGUCUGGGAAAAAGUUGAUUUCAUUUGGUACUAUGAGGAUGUUGCCACCAAAAGACCUGUUUAUUGGGCUUUCUUCUCUGGAAUGGUUGCUCAUGUGAUGACAUUUGAAGUGGGAAAAGUGCUUGAGGACCCUGGUUGGCAGGCCCCUGUCUACUGCUUCAAGGAAAACUCUACACUUCAAUAUUUGGCUAGCCCCAUUUCUGGUGCCAGAUUCUUGACAGGAGGAGCUUUGGAUGCCCCUAACUUGCUCUAGUUGUCAAUACUUGAUGUGGAAGGGCUCAAGAAGUUUAAUGAUCACCAGAUUCCAUAUCCUGGGAUGAAGAAUUAAUUGGGGCAAACCUUCAGGCAUACAAAAUUACAGUAUUUUGAUUUUGCAUGCAUGCAUGCAUUUAGUAUUUCAGUUGCAGUAAUGAGAAGUAUCUAAUGUCUAAUCUCAAAAAGAACAAGUUGCAUCUAUUUAUAUAUUAGCUCUCUGCAAUAUCAAUCAUCUUCAACAUUUA